AUGGUUGCCUUUCGCAAUGCUCGUGCUCGGCGCUAUGUGCUUCUUUGCUAUUUCUUCUGCUUUUGGCAUUUCGCAGAGCGAACCUUACAGUUCGCUGCCCUCCCGCCGAAUUCAAAGCUGUUGAAGGACGUGGAGCGCAAUGAGAUGCCAAACUGGAUUCGGGAGCAAAUGUGUGAUCUGGAGUAUGAUGAAGACAUCACCAACAAGGUGGCAAGUGUCCUUGCCUCUUUCACAAGCCCGGUGCUGAUGGAGAUGUCAUAUGAAAAUAUAGCGUCCGUCUUGACAAAAGCCAAGAUCGACGAGAGCAACGCAGUAGCUGUGGCAAUGGGUCUGUUCAACCGCAUUCAGAAGGUUCAGAGCGAUGUUCCCGAGAAUGCCAAGGCCUUCGCACGAGCUUUGGAUGAUGCAGAGCUGGAAGGGCAAAUUCUGAAAACGGAAACGGGCAGUUUCAAGUUAGAACAGGACUCUGAAAUUUGGAACGAGACGAAGUUCUACGUGCGGGACUGCUACAAAGAGAUUGCCGACAUCAUGUUGAAAUACAAGCCUCAUAGGAUGCCUUUGCUGGGCUCAUCAGGUAUCGGCAAGUCCAAUUUUAUGGUAUAUUUAAUCUGGCAUCGCUUCCAAGACAGUAAGCUUAAAGACUUCCCUGUUUUUCUGCACCGCGACGACAUCGUCCUGCAGUUUGAGAAGGACAAAGAGCCAAAGAAGGUCGAUGCCGAUACUUUGUAUUCAGCGCCUGCCCAAGCUUUGUAUAUCAUGGAUGCCGACAUUCAUAGGAAACAUGGAGUUGUGUGCCAGUCUUUGUGGAUUACAUCUGCUCGGAGGCCGGAGACACCGGCGUUCCACACCGAACAUUUUAAGAAUGCCGAGCGCUUCUCUGGGCAGUUCUUUAUGCCACCAUGGGCUUUGGAGGAGAUGUUGAAUGCAAAGGUCAAGACCUUCCACAAGCUGAAUGAGUCAGUUGUCAAGGAACGCUUUGGCAUCUUUGGUGGCACUGCGAGGCUUGGUUUGGAGAGGGACGAGACAAGAGCAGGCGUCGACCGAAGAAGGCUCGUAGAGGCCGUGCAGUCAGCAGAUGCGCUGCAAUCCCUUAAAGUAUCGUCUGACAUGAAAGCCAUAAGCAAGACGACGCACUUGCUGGUGAAGAUGAUGCCAUGGGCAGACUUCAGCUGGUUUGAUGUGCAGUUGUCGUCUCCCUAUGUUCGGCAAGAGCUGGUGAAGCAAAACAGACAGGACAACUCCGAAGAACUUUGGAAAAGGAUGCGGGAAGGAAUGAUUACGGGCAUCGGUUUUGCCUUGUUUGAGGAAGCCUUCCACCAGUUCAUGCAGGACAAGUCCAUCGGCAAGUUCAAGCUCCGAGCCAGAUGCUGGACAGCUGGCGGUAAAGCUGAAGCAACACAGGAACUCCAAGGUGGUCUUGAAGGAGUGCUGAUUUCUGGCAAUCGCAAACCAGACAUCAAGGAUGGCAAGUAUUACCAGCCGCAGAGCAAAAACUUUCCAGCCUUUGACUCAUGGACCUCAGAGGGCGUCUUUCAGCUGACGAUUGCCGAUAGACAUGACAUCACCUUCCAUGACAGUGGCCAGAACAAAGACCUGACCAAGACGCAGGCGUAUAAGAUUGUGGAUGCACUUAGCAAGAAGCAUGAGGGGAAAGCCAAAUUCUUCUUUGUCGUUCCGCAGUUUCAGUUUGAUAGGGGUUGGAAGACUAAACAGACAGUGACACAGUCAGAGAUGACUGACAAGAUUGAGCAAUGGGUUGUGUGCUUUGAACAGAACCUUCCGAAGUGA